AUGUCUGACGGUCCAGAUAGAGAAGUCGACUCUGAUGGAGAGAACAACGAUGUGUAUCAAUCCGAAUCCGACUCUGCCAACAACAAAAGCAACCCUCUCAGAAGUAGCCAGGCCAAAGGACAAAAAACAAUUGAUCGGACGCAGCACCAGCCUGCACCUGUUGAAGAUUAUGCACCCGCAAACAACCAAGUUGCCAUGCCUCAACGGGAAGAGCGAGUCACGGGAAAUUUGGGCGGCGCGAACGGAGCUAUCAGGCAGUCGAGGAUCAAAGAUAGGCCGGCGAAGGAAGGGGCUGAAAAAAGCGCUCUAAAGAUCAAGAUUGAGCUCGAUCUAGAAGUCGAGGUAGACCUCUACGCCCGGGUGAAGGGUGAUGUUACGAUUGGAUUGAUGUAG